AGCAAUGGAAGGAAGUCCAAAUUCAAACAACAAGACUACCCCAUAUCAGAAGAUCAGUGGCAGAUGCAGCGGCACCGACACCGGCAGCAGGAGGUUGUCCACGAGAUUCAAAGGAGUGCUUCCACUCGAAAGUCACAAAUGGGGUGCAAGGAUUUCUUUCAAUUACAGAGCAUACUGGCUUGGAACAUAUUACACAGAAGAGGAGGCAGCCAUUGCUUAUGAUAGAGCAGCUCUCAAGUUGCUGAAAACCGACGCUCCCCUCAACUUACCUUACAACAUUUACACACCUCAAGAGAAAUCAUUCCAGAGCUGGUACUCAGAUGAUGAGAUCCUGAACAUGAUCAAGGAUAAAACAUACUCAUCUCAUUUCACCGUACAUCAAUCUCUGGCAAAGAAAACUCUACCAGGCAGCUUAACAAACGCAAAGGGUCUCUCAUAUGAAAUGUUAUUCCAUAAGGAGCUGACACAAAUAGAUGUGAGUAACGCCGACCUGUUUCAAAUCCCCAAGGAAUACGCAUUGCAAUUCUUGCCCCCAGUUGGUAACAACAGUUCAGAGAAUGGAGUUCAAAUGGGAAGAGACUCCAUUGAUAUAACUUUCUAUGACAAAUAUUACAGACCCUGGACUUUCCGAUACUCAUAUUGGGGUAGAAUCAAGGUUUUUUUAUUCGCUAAAGGAUGGAGAGACUUCGUUAUAAUGAACAGCUUGAACCCUGGAGACACUGUCAUCUUCUAUGGAUGUUACCAUGUAGAUGAGGAAGGACAAAAAAGAAUGUUUUACAUGAUAGAUAUACAUCGAAAUGUCCCAGAAAAGUACAUUGUUAGUGAACGAUAUGUUGAUGGUAUUAAUGGGGUUAAGCUUUUUGGUGUCAGAAUAGGCUAAAAAAGCACCAUAAAAACAUGAUGUACUUG